AUGAGCGGGUCACUAAAGAAAUAUGAAGAUGUAGUUGAAAGACUGUCAACGCCCACUUUCAGUUGUAGUUCAACUGAAAGAUUACCUCCACUUCCACCGAUUUUGAAGCCCGAAGUUCCAUCCUCACUUUACACUAUAGUCACACGAAAUGCUGUUCAUCCACCCUUAAUGAAUGCUUCUACCCUGACAAAAGCUUCGCCAUUCAAGGAACAAAAACACUGUCGUCCUCCAAGUCACUCCAUUGGAAACAAUUUUUCUCCAAAUGCUGCUAACUUAUCAAUGCAAAAUCUAACUAAAUCUGGUGAAAUAUCUAAGAUUCGAGCAAAGCUAACGAAGAAAAAAGAUGAAUCUAAGAGCAAGGACAAUUCUAGAGCUGUGUCUCCAGAAGAGCAGAUUAAUCAAAUGAAAACAUUAGAGAAAGAAAGAAAUGUCAACCGUCAGAAACCAUCAGAGAGAGAUCUAGAAGUAACAGAAUGA